GUUCAUCUUCCUCAUUCAUCUUCUUGUAGAACUCGUUUGCUCGACUUAACCGACAAUGAGCUUGAUUGUUUCAGCUGUUUUCCUUUUUGUCAUAUUUUCUCUUGGAGCUGCAUACGAUCCGUUGGAUCCGAAUGGGAACAUUACGGUCAAAUGGGACGUCAUGUCUUGGACGCCUGAUGGCUAUGUGGCGGUUGUGACAUUGAACAACUUCCAAAUGUACCGGCACAUAAUGAGUCCCGGGUGGACGAUGGGAUGGACGUGGGCGAAAAAGGAAGUGAUAUGGUCGAUGGUCGGGUCGCAAACGACCGAGCAAGGCGAUUGCUCCAAGUUCAAAGGAAACAUUCCUCACUGUUGUAAGAAAACCCCUACUGUUGUGGAUUUGAUGCCAGGAGUUCCUUACAAUCAGCAAUUUACAAACUGCUGCAAAGGUGGGGUUGUGGCUGCUUGGGGACAAGACCCUCAAGCUGCUGUUUCAGCCUUUCAGAUCAGUGUUGGCCAAGCAGGUACUUCAAAUAAGACUGUCAAACUCCCCAAGAACUUCACUCUGCUUGGUCCCGGCCCCGGGUACACUUGUGGCCCUGCCAAGGUCGUGCCUUCCACCACCUUCCUCACGCCCGACCGCCGUCGCAAAACUCAAGCUCUGAUGACUUGGAAUGUGACCUGCACUUACUCUCAGUUUUUAGCCAGAAAAAAUCCUAAUUGUUGUGUUUCUUUCUCAUCGUUCUACAACGAUACGAUCACGUCUUGUCCGUCUUGCACCUGUGGUUGCCAAAACAAGAACAGCUGCAUCAAGAGUGAUUCUAAGAUUCUUAAGCUGGUUGGAAUCAAUACACCAAAGAAAGAUAACACCCCAUUGCUACAGUGCACGCAUCAUAUGUGCCCGGUUCGAGUUCACUGGCACGUGAAACAAAAUUAUAAGGAAUACUGGCGGGUGAAGAUCGCCAUCACAAACUUCAACUACCGAAUGAACUAUUCGCUUUGGUCUCUCGUCAUCCAGCAUCCAAAUUUGAACAAUGUAACCCAAGUUUUCAGCUUCAACUACAAACCCCUUGUCCCCUAUGAAUCAAUCAAUGACACGGGAAUGUUCUACGGGACGAAGUUUUACAACGACCUUCUGAUGGAAGCAGGGCCAUUUGGGAAUGUACAAUCAGAGGUGUUGCUGCAAAAGGAUCAGAACACCUUCACCUUUAAGCAGGGAUGGGCAUUCCCUCGGAAAGUUUACUUCAAUGGCGACGAGUGCAUGCUUCCACCACCGGACACAUACCCGUUCCUGCCAAACACUGCCCGCAAAAGGCCCAUUGCCCUCUCAACAUCAUUUGCUUUGCUGCUGCUCUUCCUGCUGCUAGCUAUUUGCUGAGUCCCUUUCUAGAAUUCAAAAUUACACAUGAAGAAAGAAUGUAAUGUAAUUUUUCAGAUCAA